CUUGGGGACAGGCAAGAGGACAGGCUUAAGGAGCUGUAUUGGGGGAGGACGGGGGCAAGCAGGCCAAGGCCUGGCCCAGGAAGGGAACAUGGAGCCAGCUGGGUCCCUGCGGCAUGGGGGCGAACACAACUGGUGGGGUAGUGCUCCCCAGUACCAGUAUAUGCCCUUUGAACACUGCACCAGCUACGGACUGCCCUCCGAGAAUGGGGCCCUUCAGCACAGGCUCCGGAGGGAUGCAGGCGCCCGGGCCAACACCCGCCCCACACAGAUUUAUGGCCAUUACAAACAGCAGUUCUCAGACAAAGAGCAGGACCCAGGGAUGCCCAAGAAGACGGGCUCCAGUGAGAGCGUGGACAGCAAGGAUGAGGAUCACUAUUCUAAAUGUCAAGGCUGUGUGCACCGCCUGGGACAUGUGGUGAGAAGAAAAUUAGGAGAAGACUGGAUCUUUCUGGUGCUCCUGGGACUGCUUAUGGCUCUGGUUAGCUGGAGCAUGGAUUAUGUCAGUGCCAAAAGCCUUCAGGCCUACAAGUGGACCUAUUACCAGAUGCAGCCCAACCUGCCUUUGCAGUACCUGGUCUGGGUCACCUUCCCACUAACUCUCAUCCUCUUCAGUGCCCUCUUCUGCCACCUCAUCUCUCCCCAGGCUGUUGGCUCUGGAAUCCCUGAAAUGAAAACAAUACUCCGUGGGGUCAUCCUGAAGGAAUAUCUCACCCUCAAGGCCUUUGUGGCCAAGGUUGUGGCCCUGACUGCGGGGCUGGGCAGUGGCAUUCCUGUAGGGAAGGAGGGCCCCUUUGUCCACAUCGCCAGCAUCUGUGCCGCUGUCCUCAGCAGGUUUAUGUCGAUGUUCUGUGGGGUCUAUGAGCAGCCAUACUAUUACACUGACAUGCUGACGGUGGGCUGCGCCGUAGGAGUCGGCUGCUGCUUUGGGACGCCACUUGGAGGAGUGCUGUUCAGCAUCGAGGUCACCUCUACCUACUUUGCUGUGCGGAACUACUGGCGAGGUUUCUUUGCGGCCACGUUCAGCGCCUUCGUUUUCCGCGUGCUGGCCGUGUGGAACAAGGAUGCGGUCACCAUCACUGCUCUGUUCAGAACCAAUUUCCGAAUGGAUUUCCCCUUUGACCUGCAGGAGCUCCCAGCCUUCGCCAUCAUCGGGAUUUGCUGUGGCUUCCUGGGAGCGGUAUUUGUGUACCUGCAUCGCCAAGUCAUGCUCGGUGUCCGAAAGAACAAGGCCCUCAGCCGGUUUCUGGCGAAGCACCGCCUGCUGUAUCCUGGAAUAGUCACCUUUGUCAUCGCCUCAUUCACCUUUCCGCCAGGAAUGGGUCAAUUCAUGGCUGGAGAGUUGAUGCCUCGUGAAGCCAUCAGUACCCUGUUUGACAACAACACGUGGGUAAAGCAUGUGGGUGACCCUGAAAGCCUGGGCCGGUCGGCUGUGUGGAUCCACCCACAGGUCAACGUGGUCAUCAUCAUCUUCCUCUUCUUUAUCAUGAAGGUACUCCUCGUGCACUCCUGA